AUAGCAGACUGUGGUUUUGUUCUAUUUGCAUCGCAGUAAAACAGAAGUGAAAAGAUGAAAGGAGUUGUUAUGUGUUGUUUUCUGUGGUUGAUGUUACUUUCUAGGCUUGAUUAAAUUAUCAAUCAAAGAAACAAUUGAUUUACAUUUAUAGAGAAUUAAUUUUAAAAUAUGCUCAUCUACGUCGGAGUGUGACGGCUUAACCCUUAACCUAUCUCAGCCUCACACCUACUUAAUCUGCAAUAAUCAUGUAGAUUCAGCAGUCCUUCAUCUGCAAUGGUCCGACUUCGAAAGACCCCUGAUAGCGGUGGUAAGGAUCUCAGCCAGGUUGUCCAGGAGGAUGAUGGCGCAGCUGUCCGUCUAACCCGUCAGGUGACCCUGAUAGACAGUAUCGCACUCACUGUUGGCCAGAUCAUAGGAUCCGGUAUCUUUGUCUCUCCUACAAACGUCUUGGAGAAUUCUGGAGGGAUCGGGUGGGCGCUGAUGAUCUGGUGUCUAUGCGGAAUUCUCUCCAUGUUAGGUGCCCUGUGUUACGCAGAGCUCGGUACGACCUUCCCUGUAUCCGGAGGGGACUUCUCCUACCUCCUUGAAGCGUAUGGUCCGAUUCCCGCCUUCUUGAGGCUCUGGACGAGUGUGGUAUCCAUAAGAACUGCAUCUUCUGCGGUCUUGUCCUUAACGUGUGUCACUUAUAUUCUCCUUCCCUUUUAUCCCAAUUGCGACGUUCCUCCCAAUGUACUUCGUCUUGUCGCGGCAUGUGUGCUUUGUACCAUCUUUUUCGUGAACAGCCUGAGUGUUCCGUUGAGUCGAAGGAUACAGGUAGUUUUCACCGUGGCCAAACUCCUUGGGUUAGCCGUCAUUAUCAUAUCAGGAAUUGUUCAGCUUGCCAAUGGUCAAACCUCUAAUUUUGAGAAUGCUUUCGACACAUCGAAAUUCAAUUUCCAAACAUUUCCACUCGCCAUUUAUUCAGGACUUUUCGCCUACUCGGGAUGGCAAUACCUUACUCUGGUGACGGAAGAAAUAAUCAACCCGUCCAGAACAGUUCCUUUGUCCAUUAUCAUAUCUAUGAUAAUAAUCACCGUGGUUUACCUCCUGACCAACGUGGCUUACUUCACAGUUCUAUCCGAGAGUGAGAUGCUCGCAUCUAAUGCAGUAGCAUUGGACUAUGGCAAGCGUGCACUAGGAAGUUGGUGGUGGACAAUGAGUGUUGCUGUGGCUCUUUCGGUCAUCGGAUCUCUCAAUGGAGGAAUAUUUGGUUUGUCCAGGUUCUUACUGGUCGCAUCGCGUGAAGGUCACAUGCCUGCCAUAGCAUCGAUGAUACACAUUGACAGAAAGACUCCUCUACCGGCUGCCACAAUACUGGCACCUAUUUGCCUCUUGAUGUUGAUAAGUGAUGACGUAGGAACUCUUAUCAACUAUCUUAGUUUCACACGAUGGCUCUUCAUCGGAAUCACGUGCACAGUUAUACCUUACUACAGAUGGAAAUAUCCCGAGCUCAAGCGUCCUUUCAAGGUUCCUCUGGUUGUCCCGAUAGUCUUCGUGUUGUGUGCGUUUUUCGUAGUUGGUAUGUCACUAUACAGCAGUCCUGUAGAUUGUGGUAUUGGUUUAGGAAUCAUGUUAGCCGGGAUACCAGUCUAUUACCUGUGUGUUUGGUGGAAGAACAAACCAGAUUGGAUCAAUAAAAAUCUGGAUGGGGCAACCAUAUUUUUGCAGCGACUUCUUUUCGUUAUGCCCCCAGAAGGAGAAGAAGCUGGGCCAUCUAAACUCGUUCAUCAAGAUAAUGAUUAGUGAUGCUGGUUGUAAAACUUUGUUGAAUCAUGGAUAAGUCCAUUGUUAUAGAACAUGGGUAUUCAUUUCCUUUGAAGACAUGUUUGAUGCCGCUAAUACAAAUAAUAUAUUAAGCAUAGACCUCUGCUUCAGUGGCUUUUUUUCAGAUUGUAAACCAACAAAAAAUCCUGCCAAGCUACUAACUUACUGGGGAGCGUUUCAUGGAAAGACUUGUCGUUUUAUCCGACAGUUACCAUAGUGACAGUGCUUCUCAGCCAAUCAAAAUCAAAACAUACCAAAUGAAUAAUGAUUUUUGUAAUGACAAAUUACUUUUAGCUGCCUCUGGUCAGAUUAAGAGUGGACUCAUUAUUUGCUUGUAUACGGGAUGAAAGCAUAAAUGAAUGUUGAAAUAUUUCUUCGAAUAUGAUUUGAAAUUACUCGAAUGGCCGCAUGUGGCUCCACCUGUGACUUAAACAUCACAAAUAAAUAUAUUCCAACAAACUGAUCUUUCCCUGACACUUGUGGCAUCACACGUCGCCAUAAACUACACUUUACCAGCUAGUGUGUAUUAUUUUGUAUUUAGAGAUCUUCAUAGAAAUUCGACGAGCCGCUCGUAGGUACAUGUCCACAUAUACUAAUGGGAUUCAAGUUUCCUUUGUUUUGUUUCUUUCGUUUUCGUAAGGGCUUUUUAGGUCCUAAGUAUCCACUCUGAAAAUGAAAUGUCAUAUAUCAACAUUUUUUGAAGGGUUGGAUGACUUAAAGAGGUGCAAAGUGACCGACACUUUGUGUGGUCUAUCGCUGAUUGUGUGUUAUUCAUUAAUGGUUAAUCUUACAUAGAAGUGCUAAAUUAGCACUUCAUUUUUUAGAGUGUAGGCCCCUAAUUGUUUUGUUACUUGGUAACAUAUUUAGUGUGGUAUAAAUGUAUCGAGUGGUGAAAUAGUGUGUUAUCAUUCAAAUUGGCCUAUCAUUUGUUGUUGCAACACUUCUCCGCUAAGAAUGCUGGAUUAUGCUGCGGCCAGAUGUGAGUAGGUGUGGACUUAUGGUGGCGCUAUUGAGGGUGGCUGGUUCGUUUCUACUUUAACUUAUAGUAAAUGGUAUCUUUGUUUUUCUUACGAUGUAAAUGAUUAUGCUAUUAAAAAAAGAGAUGAGGGUGCUAUACAAUAUAAAUUGUUUAAUUUGAAACGUUUAAAUGAGAUGUUGUUUAUUUUAAUGAAAUUUGAAUAAAAGAGUCUUGGAAAGAGAGUCUUUGUGUGGCGCGUGUAUAUAAAGUCAUGUUGAAAAACCACUUUGGUGUGCUUGUUGGGGUUUGCCGUGAAACCGACGGUAAAGCGGACAAUAUUCGUACGUAUUUAUUUUAUUUUCUAAAUAUGCUAACAUGUACAUAAGGAUCCCCUCCCCCUCCUAGCUCCCCCCGCACAUUUUCAUGUAAGGUCCUAAACAAUUUACUUUAAAUCAAAGUAAAGUAUAAUACUAUAUAUAUAUAUAAAAUAAGAGACAAAGAGGUAAUGCAUUGCAGUUCCAACUAUAGUUUAUUUCCACGUAUUCUCCAAAUUUUCGACGCAAACCUCACGUCUUCGUCAGGGAUAAAAAGAAAUAUAGAUACAUACGAAACUAGUUAGAGUGAAACUAAAUAGUGUUCUCAGAUCAUUCUUUGAUUAGUUUGUUUGUUAUUUCCUUUCCUUGACGUAGAACAUAAUUAUUUCGUGUAUAUAUACAUUUGAAAUAUAUUAUGAACUCAUGACACCGUCACCAUGAGCAGGCCUGCUUCAUGUCCAUAGGUUACUCGUGAAUAAUAAAAAUCUAUUCAAUUAAUGUGAACAC